AUGCCACGUCCUGGAGGCGCACCUCAGACAAACCUAGUGCAGCUAGGUCAGGAAAACGACCAAGUCGCAGCCGAGUACCAGAAAGAUAAGGACGCCCAAACAAAAGCAUCCGCAGCAGCACAGGAAGCCUCCAAGGCUGCAGCAGCCGCAGCCGCCAGCUCCUCCGCCGCCGCCCACAAAGCCGGUCCCUUCCCCGGCAGCGCGAACUCCGGCGCCACCCCAAACGACGCAGCGAACCAAUCUCAAGAACAGCAAGCAUUGCAGGCCGUGGCCAAUGGUCUGCAAGCCGACAUCGACAAGCAUGGCGGCGGAGUCACCUACUCCGUUCAGAAGGAUGCGAAGGGAGAGUGGUAUAUUCUGCCCGCGGGACAUAAUGAGAGCGAUACAGAACACGCCAUUCUUGCAAAGAAGGUCGCCGACGCUCUUAAGCAGGCUGGUCUGUCGGCCAAUGGCAGGAAGGUUGGCAGUGGAGGUGGCGCCGCGCAGCCUGAUGAUGGUGAGAAUGCUGGUGGCACGGAAAAGCCUGCUGCGAAUGCCGCGGGGGAGGGUGCGGCGGGGGAUACGGAGUCUACGGAUCAUUGA